AUGUAUAUCUACACCAACUGUCCUGGUGACAGUUUAGCCCGCUUCUUGGGCGCCGGCAAGCUUGAUGCCCCCCGGUGUCUCGCGGAGCCAGCCCCUGGCCGAAGCUCCGGCGUAGUGGUUAAAUGGCGGCUUGAACGGCUGGCGGCCCCGGGUGGGCGCGGGCGAGGAGGACCUGCCGCCUGUAGCAAGUACUGUGCCGGCAAGAAGCCGGGGGGCCAGAAGAGGGGGCCGGGGCAGAGCCUUGAGAGCCAGAGUGGGAGCCAAGAUGAAGAGGAGGUCCAGGCACCUAACUGGGGAGUAGGUACCCCUUGCGUCUUGAUGGUGCGCUCUGCCACAUGGCCCUAUGCCUUGAAAUCCUUGAUGGAGCCCGUGAUGAGCUUCGAGCGGAAGCCCGAAGCGGCGAGCCUGGAGGCGAUGGGCUCUUACCCGCUAAAUGCUGAGGCGAGAAUUACCCCGGCAUACCCGGGGGAGGAAGACGCAGCGGAGGGGGGCUUGCUGGCAGGGGGAUGGCCGUAG